AUGGAUGUGAAGUUGACAAGCAACGGGAACUUGGUGGACAGAAUCAGCUUGAGUUCCUUGGUUUCCAGCUCCUCGAGCUCAACAACGUUCCAGAGCCGUUGUCCAAUCAUCUGGGGAAGCGUGUGGUUGCGCGAGUCUCCGGCUAAUCGAAGAGACGAAAUUAAUUGGAAUCCAUUAGCGGCCUUGAUGACCUCUCCUCUGGAAGGAAUAGUGAGCUCUCUUUUCUCGAGCAAACUAAGCAAAAUGGAGAGAACCUCGUUCGGAGCCUUGUCGAUGUCCUCAACCAGAACCCAACGGCCUUCUUUCACAGCAGUGGUGAGCACGCCGUUUUUCCACUCAAACGUUCCCGGAGUGGCUCCCGAGGAAUACGUUCCCAGAAGCAGCUUGGAGUCGGUCUGCUGA